CGCCCCGGGCCGCGCAUGCGCAGAGCGGGCCGGGCGCCGUGAGGAGGAGGCGGCGGCCAUGGCGCUGAACAGGAACCACUCGGAGGGCGGCGGCGUCAUCGUUAACAACAGCGAGAACGUUUUGAUGACCUAUGAUCACAUAGAAAUUACCUUCAGUGAUAUCGAACCUAUGCCAGAUGCCUUCAAAGGGACCAAGAAAGGGAGUGUUUUCUUGACUCCCUACCGAGUUAUCUUCGUAUCGAAGGGAAAGGAUGCUAUGCAGUCAUUUGUGAUGCCCUUUUAUUUGUUGAAAGAUUGUGAGAUUAAGCAACCUGUCUUUGGAGCAAAUUAUAUCAAGGGCACAGUGAAAGCAGAGGCAGGAGGUGGCUGGGAAGGAUCUGCCACAUUCAGGAUGACCUUUUCAGCCGGAGGUGCCAUCGAGUUUGGGCAGCGCAUGCUGCAGGUGGCAUCGCAAGUCUCCAGAGGUGAAAUACCCAAUGGAGCUUAUGGCUAUUCCUACAUGCCAAAUGGAUCCUAUGCUUUCGCACCAGCUGCGGCUAACGGGGGCUAUCCAUACCCCCCACCUCCUCCUGAGUUUUAUCCAGGGCCCCCCACGGUGGAUGGAGACAUGGGUUACAUGCAGCUUCCACCCCCGCCCUACCCGGGGCCCAUGGAACCCCCCCCAGUCAGCAGUCCAGACCUGCCUGCCACUCCCGCAGCUGAAGCGAAAGCUGCCGAAGCUGCUGCCAGCGCUUACUACAGCCCAGGCAACCCACAUAACGUCUACAUGCCCACGGACCAGCCACCCCCCCCUCCAUACUUCCCACCAGAGGACAAGAAAAACCAAUAAGCUGACAGAACAUCUCGACAACUCAUUGCUUUCUUACUUCCCAUUUUGGCAGAAUUUUGGGGCAUGAUCCAUAGCACUGCGGAGUAGAGCCUUCCCCCAAGGCACACAGAUUUCACAGACUAAAGUGGUAGAUACGUGCAGGGCAAGGGGAGACAUUUUGGCAGCCCGGGUUACCUUGCAGAGCCCUGAGGGUUUGCUGUCCCACCGCAGUAUUCCCCUCUCCUUCUGUGUGCCAUCACUAGAACUGGAGGUUCUCUUCAUCUCUGAUUGUUUCCCUUAAUGUCUGUUUCUUUUGAUACUUAAAUUAUACCUUUUUAGAGUGAGGAACUGCUCCAAACUGGUAAUUAACAUGCUCAUAACAUGGAUGCAAAGCUCUUGGCAGGGUCUUGAAUCUAGCUUAGUGUGCAGCCAAGAGCAUCUCUGGACACAGGGAUGUCUCUGGGUGUUCUGCUCAACCCAGAGUAUCACAUCAUGUCUUUUCCCUCUGCUACUGAGGAAGGGCUCCAGAGGGAACCUUUGGGAUCUCAAAGGAAAUAGAUAUCUCUUACAUUUUUCAGAUAUCUAUGAAACUAAGUUUUUUUCUUUCAGCUGAGUCAUUCCUGACAAUUGUAGCAAAUAAUCUGCUAGCCCUCCAAAUUCCUUGCUGUGCACUAUGUAAGGUGAUGCUGAUAAGCUUCUCAAGAAAACACACUGCUUGUUACAGGGUCAAUUAGCAGCAUCUAACUAGUUACAGAUCAUAUGGAUACACUAACUUUUUUUCCAGUUGGAUAUGUGGGCUGGGACACUAAAUCCUGAAUAUUCUCUUUAUAAUGCACUUUUUUGUGUGUGCUGUAAUGCAAGUUACACUCUUUGGCCAGUGAAGUGUCUUACUGCUGUGAUGUGACUGGUGAAUUAAUAGCUCAUGGGGAGAAAAUAGUUGCUUUAGUCCUGCCUUGGAAGCACUUGAGUGAAUAUCCAAAUCGUUGGAUUAAGCUGCUAGGUAUAACUGAGCUGCUCAUGUGGACGUUUUUUAAUGCUGUCAGUGUUUCUUGAUCAGCUGUGAAUUCACUUCCCAGUAACUAACCCGAAUGUGAGCUCCUUGGACUGAGGGUUCAAGCAUUUUCCUUCCGUAGCUUUGAUUCAUUAAUCUCAUUAACGACGACUCCAGUGUGCAGAACCUCUACAGGACCCAUUAGUAACCCGAUUCUAAAACUUCGUAUUGUACAAAGCUUUGCACAAAUCAGAUUUCACUGACUUCUUACAGUUUCUGUGGAGAGAAAAAUCCUUCCCAGCAAGUGUGAGGAAAGAUGGUGUGCUAGGAAACUGCGGAGACUUGCUGCAUGCAGCCUGCUUGGAGAGAAAAAAGGCCCACCUCUUGUUUUCUUUUUGUUUGAGUCCAGCUGAUUAAUCAAAUUGCUACUGCCUGUGCACUGACUUUUCUAGAAUUGCUGCUGCAGUGAUGUAAAGAAAUGGUUAUUUAAAAAAUAUAUAUUUAUUUUGAAAAUGUUUGAUUAAUAUAUUAAUGUGAAAUGACUUUUUCAAUGCAGAUUUGUUUUGCCAAGACUGUGAAGUAAAGAGAAAUCCGCUCAAAA